AUGGUGACAAUGUUCACUGUCGGUUGUUUCUUUGGAGACUCCCCCGCAAGCGAACCUCCCGGCGUCGACCUACAGGCGACCAUCGAUGCAGCCCUGGCUCGGGUUGCCGCCUCCCAGGAAUCCGACGCUACGCCUUCAACAAUCCCAUCACAGGGUACCGCCAAGCCCACCGCGCUGCCAGACGAUACUCCAGCGGCGGCGGUCGCGGCGCCCACUUCGACCACGCCGAUACCGGGCCAAACACCUACAAUGACUAUCGCUGCAUCCGAGUUCCACCUGUCGGACGCGCGCAAUUGGGACUACGCGACACAAGCGAGCCCAGCCGUGGCGGCACAGAUACGCAGCGUCAGCUGGAUCGCUGACGGUUUGCAGACGACUGAUGAGUUCAACGCCGCCGAGCGCAUGGUCAACAUUGGCAUCGACGCGCCGGAGACCCUGACCACGUUACUGGACUCGCAUGCGUUGAGAGAAGACCUGCGGCCGACUGAUCUGCCGGCGCUGCUUUCGCUACAGCGCAUGGCGCAGGACAGGCCGGAGCGUCUGGCGCAGCUAACCGGCGCCGCCUGGUUCCGUGACGGCCUGACCGUGGCCGAAGCGGCGAUAGUGGCCGUGCUCUACGAACGGUCCAGGUUCCUUUCGUCCGAGUUCGACGACAUAGUCGCAAACCCGGGCAUUCUCAGCGUCGAACUGGGAGCCACCACCAACCGGAACGGAUCUAUCAUCCCGAUCGCCAUCGUGCGAUCGGGCGCUGCCCCCGCGGGUUCUCCGGUUAUGGGCGUAGCCCAAACUGCGGUAUCGGUCUUCGAAGGGAUGUUCGACGCGCCAUUUCCAACUCCGGCAAUCGUCAUACACGUCACCGACUACGUUGCCGGGGUAGCCGCGGGCACGAAUUAUCAGACCCACAUCACGCUGUUGCCGGAGAUUGAUUCAAAUCUCAAGCCUGAUUUUGCUCCGCACGCCGUUUUUCACGAGAUCGCCCAUUACUACCUUUACGUGCAACCGGUAUGGCACGCGGAAGGGGGAGCUGAUUUCGCGGCCUCCUACGCGCGGCACGUCACCACCGGCGCUCGGAUAGAGUCGACCAACUUUCCUUGCGACGGGGCAUCGACCAUAAGCGAGCUGGAACUGCGGACGCCCGACAACGCGGAGGAAGCCCAGGCUGAUCCGGGCCUGUGGCGGUGCAACUAUUACCUCGGCGAGCGGCUGCUGCUGGCUCUGUACCGCAAACUGGGAGAGGAGCGGUUCCUCCAAGGCUGGCGGGAACUGUAUGCGCAGAUAGCUGAAGAUCCGUCCUAUCCGUCGCAGCGAGACUUUACGGAAACCGACAUCCGCGUGGAGUGGAUCCGAGCCGGCGGCAUGUUGAUGCAGCCGGACCUGGAGCACAUCUGGGACCAAUGGUACCGGGGUCGGGCCAGCAGAGCGGCGCCAGGAGUACCGGACCCCUCGCCCGUGGAUCCUAACCUGCCGGAAAUCAACGGGCGCAUCGACCAGGCCCACGUAGCACUGACCACCGAUGGCCCACCCGUGGAGAGUUUUUCAGCGUCCGAUGUUGACGGGUGGGUGUACCUGACGCUGGAGUACACCUACGCCCUGUCCGGCGGCUCGCAGGAUCUGACGCUGGAGGUGGUUGAGUAUUUCGAAGACGGUUUUACCAACGGGCGCCGUUCCGUGCCGGUAAUGGUGCAACCCCAGCACAUCGGCGGCACUCAAUGGCUGUCGGUGGGCCCGACGGCUCCGCUAGGUUGGGCCCCGGGACGCUAUUGGGUUUAUGUGUACGAGGGAGGUCGCAAGGUUGCCGAGGUCCAAUUUGACGUCGCGCCGUAG